AUGGGACACGACCCUGGUGUGGAAAUUACAGCUCUUGACAAGCCCCAGAAGGUCAAAAUGGCGGCUAGAAGUGGUUCUGGGGCUGAGGCAUCGGGGCUGGUCAACACCCUCCAAGGCCAUGUCGAUGAUAUUCGCACUUUGAUACAGUGCGGUAUAUGCAUCCGUCCCCUUUACGAACCGUUUACUAUCGCCUGUGGGCACACUUUCUGUUACUCAUGUCUAUCAUCAUGGUUUGCUGGUGGAAGAUCAAAGCGGACAUGUCCGGAUUGCCGAGCACCCGUCAAAACACAACCAGCACCAGCUUAUUUGGUCCGGGCUGUUGUGCAGAUGUUCACAGGUCGAGCUGAACUUUUAGACAGAGGAGAAACGACUAUGGAGCAUUCAAAGAAUCAAAGGGACGAAGCCGAAAGAUUGGACCAGGACAAGGCCAAUAGUCAUCCAACCGAAGGAGGUCUGUUCGGGGGUCUUUUCAAGCCAAAAGCUCCCCCGCUCAAGCCUGUCAUUGACAUUGAUGACGGAGUGGUUCGAUGUCCGCUCUGCUCAUGGGAACUUGAAGGGGACGAUUGCGCAGGAUGCGGCUACCGAUACCGGCCGGAUUCCGAGGAUACAGACGACAGUGGAUCAGCUGACUUCAGUGAGACCGAUCUAGACUCGCUGGAAGAUGGCAUAGAUGAGGACCCUGAAGAAGGCGAGGGCGGGGCUGGGGAAUCUGACCACUUCGACGAGAUCGAAGACCAAGAUGGCGUUUGGGGCAACUUUGCGCUUCAGUGGUAUCGGGAUCCCUUCUCUGCGCGCCCUAACUGGCCCUCAGGUGUAGGUACUGGCCAAGCUUUCGACCGGCUUGAAAGCUUGAUGGGUAGCGGAGGUGCCAUGAUUCGAACGUUCCCAGUGAUUCAUGAGAACGGUCCCGCUUCAGGUAACACCAAUGGGAGUGAAUACGACGAAGAAGAGGAAGACGAAGAGGAGAAUGAGUAUGAUGAGUCAGACUCAUUCAUCGAUGCUGAAAACGACCAUCCGCCCACCAGUUCCUUCGUUGAAGAUCAAGUUCAUCGUCUCGGGAGUGGCGAUAUGUAUGAAUCGGAAUCAGAUCGUUCCACUGGCACCGUUGUGGAUGAUAUUCAGGGUGGCCACCAUUCCCUGCCGAUUGGGCUCAAUUACAGAAACACCACACCUUACUUUGACGACGAGGCUUCUGAUGAUGAGGAAGAGGAAGUUUCAGCGGAAUCGGACGAUAGAGAGAUGGUCGAUGAAGAGGAGGAUGAAUCUGAAUCUGACGAAGACGCAAUUCAAACUGCGCCGCCUCGUCAAGCUAAUGCACAAUAUCCACGCCAGUCCCCCUGGUUCCAAGCCCCCAGUGAUGCUCCAUGGCUUGCAGCGAGGCCUCCAAUACAAAUUCCUGACUCAUCCGAGGAAGAGGAAGAGGACUCCCCGCCCCCUGUUAGGCCUGGGAGAUCCAAUGGUGCACGUCGUCCCAUCCCACGCGGGACCACUGCUCAGAAUGUGAUCACCCUCGAUGAUUCUGACGAUGAUCAGCCCGUCGGUCCAGUGAGAAGAACCACGCAAAGGCGACGUGCCAGAUUCUCUCCAUAUUGA